UUAAUAUUAAUGGUUUUGUAACUUUAGGAACAAUUUUUUUCUCAAAUUUUCUCCUACAGUAUAGCUGAAAUACAGAAAGAUGUGGAAUACAGGUUGCCAUUCAGCGUAAACAACCUGACAAUUAACAUUAAUAUAUUGCUUCCUCCACAAUUUCCUCAGGAAAAACCAGUGAUCAGUGUUUAUCCACCAAUACGACAUCAUUUAAUGGAUAAACAAGGAGUAUAUGUUACCUCUCCAUUAGUAAACAAUUUUACAAUGCACUCAGAUCUUGGAAAAAUUAUUCAGAGUCUAUUGGAUGAGUUUUGGAAGAAUCCUCCAGUUUUAGCUCCUACUUCAACAGCAUUUCCAUACCUAUACAGUAACCCAGGUGGGAUGCCUUCCUAUGCUUCUCAGGGCUUUCCAUUUCUUCCUCCAUUUCCCCCACAAGAAGCUAACAGGACUGUCAGUUCUUUAUCUGUUACUGACACUGUUUCUUCAUCAACAACAAAUUAUACAACAGCCAAACCUGCUGCUCCUUCAUUUGGCAUCCUUUCAAAUCUGCCAUUACCUGUUCCCACAGCAGACACUUCAGUGCAGAUAAGCCAGAAUGGUUUUGGUUACAGGAUGCCAGAUGUCCCUGAUGAAUUUCCCGAACUCUCCGAACUAAGUGUGUCACAACUUACAAAUAUGAAUGAACAAGAGGAGAUAUUACUAGAACAGUUUCUUACUUUGCCUCAACUAAAACAAAUUAUUACUGACAAGGACGACUUAGUAAAAAGUAUUGAGGAGCUUGCAAAUUUUUAUCUUACAGGAAAAAAUCUGCUUUUGGAGCCCAGCUUGGAAGCCAAAAGACAAACUGUUUUAGAGAAGUAUGAAUUACUUACACAAAUGAAAUCUACUUUUGAAAAGAAGAUGCAAAGACAGCAUGAACUUAGUGAGAGCUGUAGUGCAAGUGCCCUACAGGCAAGAUUAAAAGUAGCUGCACAUGAAGCUGAGGAAGAAUCUGAUAAUGUUGCUGAAGAUUUCUUGGAGGGAAAAACUGAAAUAGAUGAUUUUCUCAGUAACUUCAUGGAAAAGAGAACAAUUUGCCACUGUAGAAGAGCCAAGGAAGAGAAACUUCAGCAGGUGAUAGCAAUGCACAGCCAGUUUCAUGCUUCAUAGGUUUUUUAAAAUUUCUUUUCUUUCUAGAUUUUCCUGAAUACAUGAACUGCUGCAAGAGGAAUGGGACACAUAACUAAGCACAUUUAUAUUUAUGAUUUGCAGAUUGGCACUUCAUCACAGCAGCUGACUUCACAGAUAUACUGUAUAGAUUGUAUACAGAACUAAGACCGAUUUUGUACACAUCAGAAUGAUAGCUCUGAUCUUGACUUUGAGAAAUUUUUCUGCGCUAUUUGCACUAAAAAUGUUUAUUUAUUAUUGAUAAAUCCUAUCAUAUUUAAGUUCCACUGCUCCUCUCUUAUUGGUUACUUAUGCAUGUAAUUUUGGCUAGUUUCAAUAUUUUAUAAAAUUACUUCAUUUAAAUUUGUAUUUUUAAUUUGAAAUGCCUCGUUUCUUUAUCAAAAAUGGUUGGUGUAGAUUUUUUCCCUCUCAGCCUUUUAUGAAAAAUUACUAUUUUCAACAGUAGAAAGACUUAUUUUUCUUCUUUCUUUCUGGAUAAUCAAACUUUCAAAAACAAUUUCUUUUAAAUAUUCCAGGUGUCAGUAAACAUUAAACCUGCCAAUGUGCCAUCUCAAGAAAGUAACUUUUAAUACGUAUAAUAAACCAAAAGAAUAAACCAGCUGUUUAUA